UUUACGCGGAUGGAGGAGUGACAAUACUUGACAGAAUAAACACAGAACCGUGUGUCUGCGGAAAAGUCCGGGCGGUCUCGGUUCCCAAAUGAACGGCUCGGCACCGGAGGUCGUCGCCUGAAGCUGUCGUUGUUUCUCACUCGGGGGGGGGAAAGAAAUGGAGCACAUCCGGACGCCGAAGGUGGAGCACGUGCGGUUGUUGGAGCGUUUCAGCAACAAAUCCACGAGCGGCACACUGUACCUCACAGCUACUCAUCUCAUCUUCGUGGAGAGCAGCGCUAACAACUCAACCUCGGCCGGACAGGAGAUCUGGGUUUUGCAUCACCAUAUUGCCUCUGUGGAGAAGCUGUCCCUCACCACCACAGGCUGCCCUCUGGUCAUCCAGUGUCGUAACUUCCGAUUGGUGCAUUUCGUGAUACAGAGAGAACGAGACUGCCACGAUGUCUACAGCUCGCUCCUGCGUCUUCUACGGCCUGUAUGCUAUCCGGAGCUCUACGCUUUCUCCUACAACCCAAAACAGAAUGACCAACAGAGAGAAGAGGGAUGGCAGCUCAUCGACCUGAGGGCAGAGUAUGAGAGGAUGGGUGUCCCCUGUGACCAGUGGCAGCUCACCGACGUCAACAGAGACUACAAGGUGUGUGAGACGUAUCCACGAGACCUGUAUGUUCCCAUCGCAGCCAGUAAGCCUAUCAUUGUGGGGAGUUCCAAGUUCAGGAGCAAAGGACGAUUUCCUGUACUCACAUACUUCUACCAGGAGAAAAAGGCAGCAGUGUGUCGAUGCAGCCAGCCUCUCUCUGGCUUCAGUGCUCGAUGCUUAGAGGACGAGAGCCUGCUGCAGGUCAUCAGCAAAGCCAACCACAACAGCCGAUUCGUCUACGUCAUGGAUACCAGGCCGAAGUUGAAUGCGCUCGCUAACCGAGCAGCUGGUAAAGGCUACGAGAACGAGGACAACUACUCCAACAUCCGCUUCCAGUUUGUUGGCAUCGAAAACAUCCAUGUCAUGAGAACCAGUCUGCAGAAACUGAUAGAAGUGAUUGGGAAUCGCUCUCUCUCCAUGAGUGACUACUUGGUUGGCCUGGAAAGUUGCGGCUGGCUGCGGCACAUCAAGGCCAUUGUAGACGCCGCCAUUUUUCUUACCAAGGCGGUGACGGUGGAAGGAGCCAGUAUAUUGGUUCAUUGUUCAGACGGGUGGGACAGAACAGCCCAAGUCUGCUCCUUGGGAGCAUUGCUCAUGGACCCUUACUACCGUACCAUCAAGGGCUUCAUGGUUCUGAUAGAGAAAGACUGGAUCUCCUUUGGUCACAAGUUUGCAGACAGGUGUGAUCAGUUGGAUGGCGAUCCAAAGGAGGUUUCUCCGAUUUUCACUCAGUUCCUUGAAUGUGUCUGGCAGCUAAUGGAACAGGUCCCACAGGCAUUCGAAUUUAGCGAGUGGUUCCUGCUGCAGAUCCAUGAACACGUCCAUUCCUGUCAAUAUGGAAACUUCCUUGGAAACAAUCAGAGGCAGAGGGAGGAGCUGAAGCUCAGAGAGCGGACGCACUCGCUGUGGGCAUUCCUAAUGAGCGAGAAACAGAACUACUUGAAUCCGUUCUACAGCCCUGCAUACUCUGAGCUGCACCCUGUGCUGGAGCCUUCGACCCUGCCUUACCAUUUCAAGUUCUGGAGGAACAUGUACCACCAGUUCGAUCGCUCCAUGCACCCACGUCAGUCUAUCCUCAAAACCAUUCUGACUCUGAGGGAGAACAGUCGCAAAGCCGAGAGCACAAUGCAAGCACUGGAGAGCAGGCUUCAACAGCUCGGCGUGACCCCAGUCGCGACCUCUGAGCCCCCCGUGGCUCCCCCCACCAGAGACCAGCACUCCAACUCCCUCCCUCCGCGUCCAGACUCCCUCAUCCUGGGGGCGCCCAUCAACCACAAAGAGGUGCAGCGGCGGGCCGAGGAGGACGAGCAGCAGGAGGAGGAAGAGGUGGGCGAGGAGGCCACGGAGAGCACCAACACAGAGCGGACUGUUGAGGGCAGCAGUGGCAACGAUAGCAGGAAGCACAGCUACGGGGAGCUGGAAGGGACAUUCAACAGCGAGCUGUCCAAGGAAGAGCCGGCCAUUGUCAGUCUGGAGUUUGGUGUGGCGCGCAUGACCUGCUGAGAGGGAACGGGGGGCUGCUGUGGGAUACUGAGGGACAGGCGUGGCUUGGCGAAAGUGUGUGCAUGUCAAGGUGAAGCUGUUGCUCUGUAUGUGAUUAUGUGCUGAUUAUGCAGGGGUCCUGAAUGGGACGAGUGGAUGAAGUCGUACGUCUUUGUAGUCUAAAUCUCUGCGGAAAGCCUCAUCAUUGUCAUAUAUUGCACCUAUUGGAAAAAAGGCUUCUUUUUUUUUAUUAAUGUUUAAAAGCACUAUGAGGAGGAAAUGAAUAGAGAGGAGAAUAAAUUCAUCUGAAAAAUG